AAAUCUAAUCUAAAGACAAAAUAUCAAUGUGUAUUUGAGGGUAUUGCUAAGCAAGGGAACCCAACACUUCUCAAUAAGAUCUACACAGAGCUCUAUAUCAUAAAGGGUGGAAAUGGAGAUGUCAAUAAUGAACAUGAGGUUAGACAAAUAGAGACAACAACGAGAAAACAAGCAAGACCAGAGAUGGCAAUCAAAUGUAAUGACAUCUUCAAACCCUUACCUGGACAAGACAAACCUAUCAGAAGUGUGCUGACAAAGGGAGUCGCCGGCAUUGGAAAAACAGUCUCUGUGCAGAAGUUCAUUCUGGACUGGGCUGAAGGAAAAGCAAAUCAGGAUGUCCAAUUCGUAUUUUCACUCCCUUUUCGGGAGCUGAAUUUGAUGAAAGGGGAAAAACACAGUUUGAUUGAACUUCUCAAUCACUUCUCAAUGGAAACAAAAGAAUCAAGAAUCUCCAACUAUAACAAGUACAAAGUUCUGUUCAUCCUUGAUGGUCUGGAUGAGUGCCGACUGCCCCUAGACUUCAAGAAGAACAAGAGAUGUUGUGAUGUCACAGAGUCGACCUCAGUGGAUAUGCUGCUGACAAACCUCAUCAAGGGAAAUCUGCUGCCCUCUGCUCUUCUCUGGAUAACUACUCGACCUGCAGCAGCCAAUCAGAUCCCUUCAGGAUGUGUUGACCAGGUUACAGAGGUGCAAGGGUUUAAUGAUCCACAAAAAGAGGAGUACUUUAGGAAGAGAUUUAGUGAUGAGAACCUGGCCAGUAGAAUCAUCUCACACAUGAAGUCAUCAAGGAGCCUCUACAUCAUGUGCCACAUACCAGUCUUCUGUUGGAUCUCUGCCACAGUUCUGGAGAAAAUGGGUGAAGAAGGGAGAGAGAUGCCCCAGACUCUAACUGAGAUGUGCACACACUUUCUGGUAUUUCAGACCAAAUGGACAAAUGAAAAGUAUCUUGCAAAAGAAGAGACAGGUCCACACUGGAAUAAAACGAGCAUUCUGUCACUGGGAAAACUUGCUUUUCAACAGCUUGUGAAAGGCAAUCUAAUUUUCUAUGAAGAAGACCUGAAAGAGUGUGGCAUUGAUCUCAGGGAAGCCUCAGUGUACUCAGGAGUGUGCACACAGAUCUUCAGAGAGGAGUGUGGGCUGUACCAGGUCAAGAUGUUCUGCUUUGUGCAUCUGAGCAUUCAGGAGUUUCUGGCUGCUGUGUAUGUGUUUCUCAGAUUCAACAAUGACAAUGAGAAUCUAAUAGCUAAACCACAGUUCAUUUUCAAAACACUUCUGUUCAGAAACAUAGCUGCAAUUGACUUCCACAAGAGAGCCGUGGAUAAAGCCUUGGAGAGUGAGGGUGGACACCUUGAUCUUUUCCUACGCUUCCUUCUGGGCCUCUCACUGGAGUCAAAUCAUAAGCACUUACGAGGUCUACUGACAAAGACAAGAAGCAGCCCACAGAGCCAUGAAGAGACAGUCACAUACAUCAAGGAGAAGAUCAGGGAGAAUCCCUCUCCUGAGAGGUGCAUCAAUCUGUUCCACUGUCUGAAAGAACUGAAUGACCAUUCUCUAGUGAAGGAGAUCCAAAGCUACCUGAGCUCAGGAAAUGUCUCCAGUGAAAAACUCUCACCUGCACUGUGGUCAGCUCUGGUCUUUGUAUUGAUGACUUCAGAAGAGGAGCUAGAUGUGUUUGACCUGAAGAAAUACUCCAGAUCAGAGGAAGGUCUUCUGAGACUGCUGCCAGUGGUCAAAGCCUCCAGAGCAGCUCUGCUGUCAGACUGUGGAGUCACAGAGGAAGGUUGUGCUUCUCUGGCCUCAGCUCUGAAGUCAAACUCCUCACACCUGAGAGAGCUGGAUCUGAGGAACAAUGACCUGAAUGAUUCAGGAGUGAAGCUGCUCUCUGCUGGACUGCAGAAUCCACAAUGUAAACUGGAGACUCUGAGGCUGUCAGGCUGUCUAGUCACAGAGGAAGGCUGUGCUUCUCUGGUCUCAGCUCUGAGGUUAAACCCCUCACACCUGAGAGAGCUUGACCUGAGCUACAAUCACCCAGGAGACUUAGGAGUCAGACUGCUCUCUGCUCGACUGGAGGAUCCACAUUGCAGACUGGAGAGACUCAAUGUGGAACAUGGUGGAGAGCACACAAUGAAACCUGGGCUUAGAAAAUAUGUGUGUGAGCUCACACUGGACCCAAACACAGCACACAGAAACCUCUCUCUGUCUGAGGUGAAUAGAAAGGUGACAUGUGGGAGUGGGAAUCAGCCGUAUCCUGAUCACCCAGAGAGAUUUCAGGACCAUCCACAGGUGCUGUGUAGAGAGGGUCUGUCUGGGCGCUGUUACUGGGAGGUAGAGUGGAGUGGGAAAUGGGCUAUGAUAGGAGUGGCAUAUAAAGGAAUCAGCAGGAGAGGACAACAUAAUGACUGUGUGCUUGGAGCCAAUGACAAGUCCUGGUGCCUGUUCUGCUCUGACAACCGUUAUACUGCCAGACACAAUAAUAAGAGAACUGUCACCUCCUCCGGCUCCCACAGAGUAGGAGUAUAUCUGGACUGGGUGGCCGGCACUCUGUCCUUCUACAUGUACAGUAUCUCCUCUGACACACUGAUCCACCUGCACACAUUCCACACCACAUUCACUGAUCCCCUCUAUCCAGGGUUUGGGGUCAGUUGGUCUAACUCCUCAGUUUCCCUGUGUUAGAUAGCCUCCUGUGUCUCAGAGAAGUCACACUCCUGUUGAAACACAACUGGGUGACAUGAUGGGUUAUGCUUCACUCUAAUAUAAAAAAUAAAUACAUUUUUUACUAAUAUUGGACAUAAGGCUGAUAUGCCAAGAAAGUGUUGCCGUUUUUAAGGACUAUAAUCUCAAUCGUCAUUUUUCAAGCAAGCAUACUUAACUACGCUAGCAAUCUGUCCUCUCAGGAAAAGGCAAGGAAGGCCUCAAAACUUGCCACAAACUUAAAAGCCCAACAAAAUACGUUUACUAAAUGGUGCUCUACUCAAGACUCCGUAACUAAGGUAAGCUACGUAGUGGCACAUAAAAUCGCAAAGCAUAGCAAGCCUUUUGCUGAAGGGGAGUUUGUGAAAGAGUAUAUGGUGGAGACUGCUGGUAUACUUUGUCCUGAGAGUAAAAGCCAAUUCGAGAAAAUUAGCUUAUCAUGCAGAACCAUCACCAGGCACGUGGAAGUGAUAAGUGAGGAGCUAAUCUCAGAGUUGAAGAAAAAAGCAGAAGGCUUCGAUCUUUUUUCUAUAGCACUGGAUGAGAGUACUGACAUCAGAGACACCGCUCAACUUUGAAUUUUUGUCAGAGGAAUAAAUGAGAACUUUUAAAUAACAGAGGAAUUUCUUGCGAUGGAAUCAAUGAUGGGAACAACCAGGGGCUCUGACUUAUAUGACAGGUUGUCUGCCUGCGUGGAAAAAAUGAAUCUACAGUGGAGCAAACUGACAAACGUCACAACAGAUGAAUCACCAAAUCUAACCGGUAAAAACAUUGGCCUACUAAAAAGAUUACAAGACAAAAUAAAAGAAGAAAGCCCUAACUCGGAGGAAUUUAUAUUUCUUCACUGUAUUAUUCAUCAGGAAGCCCUAUGUAAAAGUGUGUUAAAGCUGGACAAUGUUGUAAAACUUGUCAACUUUAUACGGGCAAGGGUGCUUAACCAUCGUCAGUUCAUUCAGCUGCUCAAUGACACAGAGACAGAGCAUCAGGACUUGUUGUACCAUUCAAAUGUGCACUGGCUAAGCCUGGGAAAAGUAUUUUGCCAUUACAUUUUACAUUUUAGUCAUUUAG